UCCAGCUGCCCUGAUGCGGCCUCCGAGGGAAGGCCCCGCCCCCUCGGCCUCCCUUGCCUGCCCUUCUGGCUGGAGGCAGUGCGGGGGUCCCAGGAUGAGGGGGUUCUGGCUGGCUGGGGCUGUCUUCUGGGUGGAUUUUUCCACAUCUUCCCACCUGCUUGCUUGUGUCUGCCAUGGGUUACGUGGGCCUUCCCAGAUGGGUGGGGCCUGGAGUUGGCCUCGCCCACUGGUCACCCAGAAGGGGUUUGAGACCUGGGCUAAGAGGCCUCUAGGUGCGGGCACUGCAGGGACAGGGCCUGGGGCUGCCCCACAUUCUCUCUGGCCAGGGUGCCCACACCUGUGUCUCUGCCUGGUUAUCAUCUCACCACUUGACUAGUCUCCAGCCUGGCUUCCUGUCUUUUCUGACGCUGAGCCAGAUCAUCACCGCAGGACCUCCAGGGCCGGCCUCCAGGGUGUGUGACACACACCCAGCCCUGCCCUCAGACCCCAAGCCGGCUUCAGCGCGCUGCUUCUUGUGAAAUCUCUCAUCCUUUUGGAACAAGUGCCCUGCGUUUUCCUCCUUCACUCAGCCCCUCAGUGGUGCAGCCUGGCCUGGGCCCUCCAGAGCCUCCCGUCUCUCUCCUGGGUGGCUCAGUGUCUUGGCAAUGGCUGUUCCCUCUGCUUGGAGUGUGGCCCUGGCUGUUCACGUGCCCACCUCCGCCCGCACCCCCUCCCAGGAAAUCUUCCCUGGCCACCCUCCUUAAUCAGACCCCUCCUGGCAGAGCUCAGGACAUGGUUUACCGUGUGUGUGUGUGCACGCGCACAUGCAAAGCAGCCAGGGCACUUGUAGGUGAUAGGUGUAUGGGGAUGCUGUGUGCAUAUGUGUGUGGCACAGGUGUGCCCACACACUUGGUGCCUGCACACCUGUGCUGACGUAGUGACACAGCUCUGAGUGACAGGGCACCUGUGAGACCACAUGCCCACUGGCUCCAUGGGGCCUCAGGCUGCCCCAGGGCCUGCUCUCGGCAUGACAUCGUCCCUUGUUGUCACUCCAGUUGCUCCCACUGCACCACGGUGCUCCUCUGCCCAUCCUGACCAUAUCAGCCUCUCAGAAACCAAAGUGCCACCUCCCUCGUGGGCCCUGGAGGGGCUGCCUGAUUCCCUGACCACCCGGCAUUGUCCUGGCCUGGGGGCGUCUGCGGGGCGGUCAUGGUGGCCACCAAAGGAUGUUUGGCCACCUCUCAGCGGUAGGCUUGUCGAUGGUUGCUGGCUCUGGUCUCCGACUGCUCCCUCCCUGUCCUCCUGCUGAGGCCCACCUGGGGUGUCCAGCUGAGGGAAGGGGUCCUCUGGUUUGGAAUCUGUCUUGGGGCAUGGACCUGGCCUUGGGGGACCCUGAUGGGCCAAGCUAAGUCCCACGUGGGAGGUGUUCCUGGUCAGGUCACGGGGACAUGGGUGGGUCCACGCAUCUAACCCUGGUACCCGGAAGAGAGAAGAGGUUACGUGUGGGCCUAGAGCAUAAGGGGGACCAGGCGACCUUGGCCUAGGAUGGGGUCCAUGGUUGACAGGUAUACUCAGGGAAGGGCUGGCCUGGAGCCCAGCAUCUCUAGAAGCAGCCACUGCAGUGGGGCCCUGAAGGUGCUUGGACCCCAAAGGGACAGAACCCAUACUGGACCUUCAGUGUGUCCAGGCUCCCGGGCCCAGACAGGGGAGCCCUGCUCUGAUGAUUCCUUCCCCUGCAGGGCCAGACAGACCUCGCCAGCGCCAAGAUGAGUGUCACCUCCUGGUUCCUGGUGAGCAGCAGUGGCACCCGCCACCGGCUCCCACGGGAGCUCAUCUUUGUGGGGCGCGAUGACUGUGAACUCAUGCUGCAGUCGCGCAGUGUGGACAAGCAGCACGCCGUCAUCAACUACGACCAGGACAGGGACGAGCACUGGGUGAAGGACCUGGGCAGCCUGAACGGGACGUUUGUGAACGACGUGCGCAUCCCAGACCAGAAGUACGUCACGCUGAAGCUCAAUGACGUCAUCCGGUUUGGCUAUGAUUCCAACAUGUAUGUGCUGGAGCGCGUGCAGCACCGUGUCCCCGAGGAGGCACUCAGGCACGAGAAGUACACCAGCCAGCUGCAGGUGAGCGUCAAGAGCCCGGCGCCCAAGAGGGGCGAGGCCUUGCCAGGGCACACGCCGCACUGUGAGUCCUCAACCCCCAGGCCUGAGCGGGGGGACCGGAGACCGGGAGCAGAGGCAGCAGCCUACCGCACCCCCCUGUACGGGCAGCCCUCCUGGUGGGGUGAGGAUGAGGGCACCCUGCCCGAGUACCCGCGCCAGGACGAGCCCUGCACGGAGCGGCCUAAGGAGCUGGCACCGAAGGACGGGGAUCUCACAGGGACGGUGGCCGGCUUCCGGGCCCCCGCGGAACCUCAGGGCUACUCGUUCCGGCGGGAGCCCAGCUACUUCGAGAUCCCCACCAAGGAGACCCCACCACCGCGGGCCCUGGAGGUGCCGGUGCACGAGCCACCCCCCAGGGACGUGGAAGCGGGGGGCGGGGCGGCCCCCGUGGUGCAGAGCCACGCCUGCUUCACCAUCGAGUUUGAUGACGGCAGCCCCGGUAAGGUGAAGAUCAGGGACCACGUCACCAAGUUCUCCCUGCGCCCGCGGCGGCCCCCCAGCAAGGAGGCCGCGCCCUCCGAGGCGGUCUCCGCAGAGACCAAGGUGGCUGACUGGCUGGUGCAGAAUGACCCCAGCCUGCUGCACCGGGCCGGCCUCGGCGACGACCGGCACAGCGCCAAGAGUGACCUGCCCGUGCACACCCGCACCCUGAAGGGCCACAAGCAUGAGGAUGGCACCCAGAGUGACUCGGGGGACCCCGCGGCCGGCGCGGCUGCGGCCCCCGGGGAGGCCAGCGGGGAGCAGGCGCGGCUGCAGAGGCAGAUCAGGCGGGACCCCCAGGAGCUGCUGCACAACCAGCAGGCCUUUGUCGUCGAGUUCUUUGACGAGGACACGCCCCGCAAGAAGCGCUCCCAGUCCUUCACACACACACCGCCCGGGGACCCCAGGCCCGACCGGCGCCGCGGCCCAGGGCCGGCUGACAGGGACCGCCCGGCGGCCCCCGCCCCGGCCCCCACCCCGGCCCGGGGGGCCGGCAGCGGCUCAGGGCCGCAGAGGCCACUGACGCCCCGCGGGGCCAGCCCCGUGGCCCCCUCAACCCCGCCACCACCCUCUACCGACCCCCAAGUGACGAAGGCGCGCAAACAGGAGGAGGAUGACAGCCUCAGCGACGCGGGGACCUACACCAUCGAGACGGAGGCGCAGGACCAGGAGGUGGAGGAGGCCCGCAAGAUGAUUGACCAGGUCUUUGGGGUGCUCGAGGCCCCUGAGCUCUCCAGGGCAUCCUCGGCCACCUUCCGCCCAGUCAUCAGAGGAGACAGAGAUGAGCCUGGUGACGGGGUGGCCCAGCGGAUGGCCCUGCUGCAGGAGUUUGCCUCCCGCCCAGUGGGCGUGCCCCCGCAGGUGGAGCUUCAGGGCCUCCCGGUGCCAGGCUCCCCUGGGGGUCAGAAGUGGGUGUCUCGCUGGGCCAGCCUGGCUGACAGCUACUCGGACCCAGGCCUGUCAGAGGAUGGCCCUGGGCGCAGAGCUGGGGAGCUGGAGGGGGCCCUGCCUGUGCGCCAGCGGCGACUACUCCCGCAGCUGCCCAGCGACAGAGCGGACAGCCCCGCAGGCCCUGAGGCUGCCAGGAAGAGUGGGCCUGGGCCGCCGGAGCUAGGCAGCGAGCAGGCUGGUCUCCUCUUGGGGCAGGAGGACCUAGAGCCCGACAGCCUCAGUGAUGCCAGUGGGUCGGACGGUGGGCGAGGCCCUGAGCCAAGUAGGGGCCCACAGGAGGGGCAGGCGUGGACGAGGGGCCGGCACUCACCAAGAGGCCCUGGGGAGCCAGCCCCCACCACUUUCUACAUUGGGGACCAGAACGGGGAGGCAGCCUUGCCCAAGAAGCCACCUGUAGCCCCCAGGGAGGCGGAGGGCCCAGGGCGGGUGGCCCAGCCCAGCCCCCCAGCGAGGGACGGCAUGUAUGUCAGCACCAGCGGGAGGAUGGUCAUCCAGCUGCGGACAGAACGGUCCCCAGAGCCCGAGAGCUCCUGCCCGGCGCCCCCCAAGGAGGCCCUGGCCUUUGUCCGGCAAGACAGCUUCACCAAGGAGCCCGCCAGUGGCCCUGCAGCGCCCGGUCAGCUCCCGCACAUCCCCAGCCACCCACUCCUGCAGGACCUGGCCGCAGCCCGGGCCUCGCGCGUGGACCUUCAUUCCCAGGACACUCACCUGAUUCUGAAGGAGACAGAGACGGCGCUGGCUGCCUUGGAGGCCCGACUGCUCUCCAAGUCCGUUGAGGGGCCAGAGGGCGAGAUGGGCAGCGCCCCCCGGCCUCCUGAAGACUCUCUGUCUGGGGACUCUGAUGUGGACACGUCCAGCACCGUCAGUCUGCUCAGUGGCAAGAACGGGCCCAGCCCAACCGGCCCCCAGCCCACAGGGCUGCGGAAGGAGAAGGCACCGUCCCCGUCAGCAGUGCAGGACCCGGGGACUGUCGCCUUGAGCAGCACCCAUGAACGUCUCUCAGAGAAGCAGCGUCACCCACUGGGCCUGCCGGAUGUGGGCCGUGGAGAGCCGACAAGGCGCCCGGUCGCGCGGCGCAGCCACGGGCCCCAGGGUUCCAUGGACUGGCCUGAAGAAGAACAAGGCUCCAGCCUUGCCCACCUGCCCAGUGCAGACAUGAUCACCUCUGACCACGAGACCCCCACGGCCACUGGGACAGGGCGGCCAGGGCCUCGCCGGAAACCCAUGGCCCCCCCGCCACCCCCUGCCGCUGCCCGGGAAGAGCAGCCCCGCGGCUCAGCCAGCGUCCAGAAGGGGCAGCAAGCGCUGACCCGCUCCAACAGCCUGUCCACCCCGCGGCCCACGCGGGCCUCCCGGCUGAGACGGGCCCGGCUGGGGGACGCCUCGGACACAGAGGCCGCAGACAGUGAGCGGGGGCCCCCGGCCAACCCGGAGCCAGUGGGGCGACCACCUCUCGAGCAGGCCAAGAGGCUGUCCCGCCUGGACAUCCUGGCCAUGCCCCGGAAGCGGGCCGGCUCCUUCACCAGCCCCGGCGACUCAGAGUCCACCCCAACCCGUGCUGGCUUCUCUGGCCGCAGCGUCGAGUUGUGCUGCGCCGGCCGCAAGCCCACCGUGGCCGAGGCUCGGGCCACUGCCAGGAAGGCCACCAACACUGCCGCGGUCUCCCGCCAGCCCUUCAGCAGGGCCCGCCCAGGCAGCGCCCGCUACUCCUCAGCCAACACGCGUCGCCGGCAGCAGGGUUCAGAUUGCACGUCCACAUCUGAGGAGGAGUACGGCUCCCACCACGGCUCCCCCAAACACACACGCUCCCAUGCCUCAACAGCCACGCAGACCCCACGGGCUAGCGGCUCCGGCCGGGCCCGCCCCCGGGCCCCUGGCCACCGGGACACGGACGAGGAGGAGGAGGACCCCUGCGGUUUCCUUGUGCAGACAUCUGACAUCGCUGAGAUCGCCAGGCUGAGUCAGACACUGGUGAAGGACGUGGCCAUCCUGGCCCGGGAGAUCCACGACGUGGCGGGGGAUGGGGACUCGCUGGGCUCCCCGGGGUCUUCCCGCAGCCUCUCCAUCAACAAUGUGCCCAGCACCCCUGCCUCCACCAUCUCUGCCCGCGAGGAGCUGGUUCAGCGCAUCCCCGAGGCCAGCCUCAACUUCCAGAAGGUGCCGCCUGGCUCCCUGAGCUCUCGAGACCUGGACCAGAACAUGAAUGACCGCUUUGAGGACCCCCUGGCCAACAGGACGCGGCCUCGGAACCGUGAGGAGGUGAUCUUUGAUAACCUGAUGCUGAACCCCGUGUCCCAGCUGUCCCACGCCAUCCGUGAGAACACAGAGCACCUUGCCGAGAAGAUGAAGAUCCUCUUCCAGAACACUGGGCGUGCGUGGGAGGACCUGGAAGCCAGGAUCAAUGCUGAGAAUGAGGUGCCCAUCCUGAAGACGUCCAACAAGGAAAUCAGCUCCAUCCUCAAAGAACUGAGACGAGUGCAGAAGCAGCUGGAAGUCAUCAACGCCAUCGUGGACCCCAGCGGGAACCUGGACCUGCUGACUGGAAACAGGGGCCCUGUGGGUGCAGCCCAGCUCGGGAAGGGCCGGCCAGCUGCCCAGAGCCCAUCCUCACCCGCCUCGGCCCUGCCUCUGAGGAGCUUCUCGCAGCAGCGGGCAAACUGUGGGUCCCCCAGCCUCCCAGACCCCUCCUUCCUCCCUGACUUCCUCCCCGACGCGGAAAGGUUCCUGAUCUAGGGGGCGGGGGCUGGGGCAGCCUCCCUGUGCCCAGGUCUGGUGCCUCCCGUCUACACCGUCCACUGCUGCAGCCCCUCUGGGCUGCAGACAGCUCACCACAAAGACCCCUACACGUGCCAUAACCCUGUGGGUGCCGGGGCCCCAGCCAGGUUGUCCAGCCCACACCCCUGCUGGCCUCUGGGCCCAGCUCCUGCUGUGGCCGAUGCCAAGGGCCAGCAUCGCGGGUGAGUGCCCUGUCCCCUCUCCAUCACUAUCAUUUUUGUCUUAAGCUUUCGAGGGAAGAGUGGUUUGUGCCAUUGCAGCAGCCUCCCGGGCCCCAAAGGGCCUUGCCCUGCCUCGUAGGCUGGGGGACACAUGCUCACUGGCCUGUCCCUUUGUGCUGGCCAGGACCAGGCAGAGGGAGAAGGGUUGGGCAGUGGGGGUCAGUCAGUGCCAAACACAGAGCUGGGGGCCCGGUGACACUCCAGGACUCAAGGAGGGCAGAGUGCAGGCUGGCCGGGGCGCUCCCAGCCACCCCAGAGUCCAGUGGCCUGGGUCAGGGAAGUGGCCUGGGAGACAUCUGGGGCAGGAACCCCACCGCUUUGAGCCUUUGGUGCCAAUACAACUGCCAAACUCCCUGAGCACGUGACCGGGCGGCUGUGCACACACGCACACGCCAUGCUAAUGUGCAGGCACAGCUCCACAUGCAGGCACAUCCAGUGCAGGAGUCGCAGCCUCUGCACCUGGCUCCCGGGGGUUCUGGCCAGGUGGAGGUGAGCGACAGACCAAAGUGGCCUGGAACCAGGCUUCCAGAAGCUCCUGGCAAACAGCCCCCCCAACCUCCCCCCGUCCUCUGGAUGCUGUGGGCAUUAGUUGGGUGUCUCACAGGCCCCUGUGCUCCUGGUCCCCUGGAGGGGUGGGCAGGGACAGGCCCCCAGGAACAGUUUAUUUUCUCAGGAUUUUUUCAGCUGGGAAUGUGCCAGGCAAGCAGAGUGCACCACCCCACGGCGGAUGUUUCUGGAGCCUCUAAGCCAAAGAGCCCAUUGGCUGUGGUGUGUGUGUGUGUGGCUGCCCCCACCACCACCCUGGGGUGGGGGGACCCCGCCUGGCAUCUGCGUGAGUGUCGAUUGCUGGAGGAGGUCGCCGAGGCUGGGCCGGGGGCUGUGGUGGGUGAUGGGGGUGUCCGUGUUCACAUGUAGCUGGUGUGGUGUUGAGUGCAGGGGUCCUGUGCCCCCCAUGUUCAUGUGUGUGAGUGGCAGUGGGGUCCCCACCUGGCUCCACCCACAAGCCUCAGUGUCCACACGGAGGAGGUGCUAGGCCUGGCCCCCCUCCGCCCCGCACGCCCCGCACAGCUGCCCACAGCCCGUCCCUGGGAGACAAGCAGUGGCCGUCCGUCCACCUCCAUCCACACCCCGCAGGGAUGGCUGUACAAUUUUUUUAAUUCACCAGUCUGCGCACCCCCCGCCUUCGCUUUGGGAUUGGUAACUUAUUUGUCUGGCUUCUGGGAGGCACCUUUGUGUUUGUCCUCAGGCGGUCUUACGGAUGUCUUUCAGAAAAUGGUUAUUUUAUAUGAUUUGUCAUGGAAUUUGUUCUAAUAAAUCAUUCUUCUGUCAUGUGGCAGCAUGCCAG